AUGGCACUCCAAAUUUCCUCCUCUGAGAAAGUGCUUUCGAGGUGCUUCCUGCAGUAUUCUGGCAGUGUAUUGAAGCCUUCCCCCUUCAAUUUGGGGCCUCCACAUAUAAGGAGACAGCUUGCCAGUGUGGCUUUCCUUUCCCUAUACCCGCCGUUGUCAUUUGCUUCUCCUGCCGUUACGUCCUUAAAGCUCAUGGAUAUUUGGGGGAACAUAUUGAAGAGCAUUGAGCUAGUGACGAGUAUAUACAAUUCCAUUGGAGAGUGUUGGAGCUAUAAGCAAAUUCUUCAAGAAAAUAUGAACAAGUUAAAGGAGAACAUGGAUAAGUUGAUUAGCCGAGAAAAGGACAUUAAAAAAGAACUCGAGAAUGUUGAGUACCAGUUUCAAAAGGAACCCAAGGCAGAGGUUGAAAAUUGGUUGAAAAGUGUAGAAAGCAAAAGAGGAGAAGUUGACAAAAUAGAACAUGUAGCUAAGAAAAGAAGAUAUUUCUCACAAUCCAAGUUCUUAAGAACAAUUGAGAAUAUUACUAAAGAAGUAAAUGAAGUUUUUGAUAGGGGCAUAUUUCCUAAUGGGGUUGUUAACGACACAUAUUUAGAUAAAGGACUUGCAUUACCUAGCGCAGAACUAGUAGGUGAAGCUACAGCCAAGAAAAACCUUGAAAAGAUUUGGGAAAUGUUGAUGAAAGAGGACAUUAGAAGUGUGGGAGUUUAUGGAAUGGGAGGAGUGGGCAAAACAACCAUAAUAACACACAUCCACAACCGACUCUUGGAAAAUUCGCGUGUCUUUGGUUCUAUAUUUUGGGUCACUGUAUCUCAAGAAUCAAGUGUUCAUAUCUUGCAAAAUAAGAUUGCAUUAAAAUUGAAUGUGGAUUUUAAAGGGGAUGAACCCGAAAUCACAAGGGCAGCUACGUUGUUGGAAGCAGUGAAUGCUAGAAAGAAAUUUGUCCUUAUUUUAGAUGAUAUAUGGGAAAGUUUUUCGAUAGAGAGUGUGGGAAUUCCUAUUAAUGAAGGUAGCAAGGGGAAGUUGAUCAUAACUUCUCAGUCAUCAGAAGUGUGUCAACAAAUGUGCCAAAAAAUUAUCAAAGUUGAGCCACUCUCAACUGAAGAAGCUUGGAGUCUAUUCAAGGAAAAAUUAGGGCAUCACACUGUUCUUAUUAAUCCUGAAGUGGAAAGAAUUGCCAAAUCUGUUGCCAAAGAAUGUGCUGGUUUGCCCCUUGCAAUUAUCACAGUAGCUAGAAGCUUGAUAGGAGUGUGUGACAUUUAUGAGUGGAAUAAUGCUUUAGAUGAAUUGAAACAACAUGCUCCAGAUAUUGCUCAGAAUGUAAAGAAUGUAUAUAAGCGCUUAAAAUUUAGUUAUGAUCGAUUAAAGAAUGAAAAGAUGCAGUAG